CUUUGUUUUCACAACAGAAUGGCAACAACUUCAGCCAAAUACGCCAAUUUGUCAGGAUUGGACACUGGCCCUGAAAUUUACGAGAUCGUCGCCAAACCUGCGGCGUCCAAGCAGCAGCAGUCUGCGACGGCCGCCUCGGCAGUGUCGGCUGCAUCAUCGCCCACGGCCACUGCCACUGCGAGUGGACUGCCUGGCGGCUCGGGCGCCCAGCGGCUGGACGAGACCGAGAGCCUCGAUGUGGCGGCCGCGUUCAAGCGAUUCCAGCAAUCCUCACAGAGCCAGGCGCAAGCUCAGGCCCACCAGGGCGGCUCCAGUCAGUUUGUUGACUCGCUGCGUUCUGCAGGUGCUUCUGCGAGCGAGCGUCUCCAGCGGCUGCAAGCAGAGACACAGGCGCUGCUGGCCGACCUCGCCGCGAUCGACGCCGAGCAGAAGGCAUUCCAGGCAGCGCCCAAGCCAGACGCGCAAUCAGAGCAAGCACCGCUGCUCGCACAAGCACGCGCGCUGCAACAGCAGCUCGACCAUGUCCGUCUGAGCAAGACGCUGGGCACCAUGGCGGCGGAAACGUCCGACGCCGAACGGAUUGUCAAGCAGCUCACAUCGCUCAAGCCGAACGCCGCAGCAGCCGCAGCCAAUGCGCCAGCAGAUGCUACCGGCAACAAUAACGGAGUCGUCUACGAGCUAUACUACUCACAGCCCCUGGCCGAGUUGCAAAAGGCUUCCAAGAGCCACGAGCUCGAGCGCCGACUCGCCGCCUUGGAAGCGACGCUUGGCAACCAGGCCAAGACUCUUGUGAGCUCUGCCGCCGUUGAUGUCGGACUGGAUGCCACUGCGUCACUGCCCACGUUGAUCGCUGGCCUCGCACGCAGGGUCGCCCUUCUCGACCCGGCUCGCCUCGAGCAGGCCGAGCGCAAAGGCGCAUCUCUCCUCCAAGUGCUCGAGACGGCUGCCAGCAAGAAGCAGUCGCUGGAAGAUGCCGACAAGAACAACAAGAUUCACGAGCUGUAUCAGACAGUCAUGAAGUGGGAUUCUGUCGUGGACUCGGUUCCUUCAGUGGUCGAGCGUUUGCGCGCUUUGCGGACUCUGCACGAGCAAUGCGCGUCGUUCAGCCAAUCGUUGAUUCAGUUGCAAGCGUCCGAUUUGGACAUUGGCAAGCAACUAACUUCUCAACAAGCGGCACUGGCCAAGCUUGACACGGCCUUCGCCGAGAACAUGAACAUUGUACAGGAAAACAGCGCCGCGCUCGUUCAACGCAUCCAAUCUCUCAACGACCGUAUCAGCAAACUGUCUCCCUAAAAGGCCGGCACGUUUGUGCAAGCGCUGGUUUUAUAAUUUUUGUGUUGGAGGUUUUUGUUGCAAUAUACAGUGAAUACAUGCUCGUCUUUCUUUCC